AUGAGCGCCCUCGCGUCCCCCACCGGGCGUCUCGUCCCCUUGCGGACCAAAGACGAAGUGCGUGCCAGCCUGGAGACGCACGUGGUCUAUGUCGUCGAAGUGCCAGCAAAGCAUGCCAAUGUCGUCAAGGAUGUCGUGCAAGCAGCCAUCCCGGACUUCAGGACGGCGGAGAUCUCGCACCUGCGCCGCGUCGUGCAGUUCAAGUACCUGCCGGCCCACCUGCAGAAGCAGUUCUACCCGCCCGCGAGGCUCCCGAGAGGUGAUGAGGACGAUCCUGCACCAGCAUCAUUGUCCCCAUCCACUGCAUCGCUGCCCACUCCUCCAUGUCCAUGUCCAUGUCCACGUCCAAGUCCAAGUCCAAGUCUCUCGUCCACGUCCACAUCCAGCCCCUCGUCCACGUCCACAUCCACAUCCAGCCCCUCGUCCAGUCCCACGGUCGACAAUGGCAGUGCGCCUGCUGCUGCCGAGGACGUUGCUAAAGACAUGGAUCUAGUGCGCUACUUCCUCCUCUGCCCCACCAGGCACAUCCAGCAUGCUGACCUGUUCGCCCUCCUCCGCAAGUGCCCGCCCUUCGACAACGGCAGGACAACGCCGCGCAUCCUGUACGUCACCGUCCCGUCGCUAGCACCCAUCUCCGCCGAGCAGUCUGAGCAGUGGAGCGAGCAGUACUGGCCCAUUGCAUACAAGAACACCAACCCAUACGGACCACACCCGAGUCUCGUUUCACGCAACCAGGCAGAAAUCGAGGACAAGGCGGGCGACUGGCUCGCCCUCGCACGCUCGGCUGGAAAGUCUAUCUCGGAGCAGUGUCUGGGCGAGUCGCUCGGCGUCGUUGUCAUCGACCAGACCAAGGGCACACCCGAGGUCAUUGUCGUAGCGGGUGACUGCCGCUGGCGCUCGCCGACGGGCACCAUUGAGCAGCACAAGGGCACCGGCAACGUCAUGGCCCACGCCGUCCACCGUGCCAUCGCCAUGGUUGCAAAGAAGCGACUUCGAGCUGCAGGCACCGACCCUGCCCUCCUCGACCGCUCGCUCUUCUGCGACACGCCUCUCACCGAAGUCGAGAGGGAGUACUACGUCAAGGACAACAUCAACCAGAGUGGCUACCUGUGCGUCGACCUCGACAUCUACCUGACGAACGAGCCUUGUGUCAUGUGCUCCAUGGCCAUUUUGCACUCGAGGUUUCGACGAUGCAUCUUUGCCAAGCGAAUGCCUCUCACUGGCGGUAUGACGUCCGACACGGCUGAGGGCAGUGCAACCCUCCAAGGCGGACUGAAGCAUGGCAUGUUCUGGCGACCGAGCGAGCUGAACUGGAAGUUCCUGGCGUGGGAGUACAAGGGGGACGGAGCGGAUACGACAGAAGCUGGCAUCACGGACAACAUACAUGUUUAA